AUGGUAGGACAACAUAAAAGACGAUUCAAUGCGCCGAUUAUCGACAAUGUGGCAAUUGUAAUUGUUGGAGACGAAAUUCACCACAGACUAAGUAAACUUGAAACAUAUAAAAGUUUCAACUCCAAAAACUAUUAUACGUAUACAUUGAUGAUACGUCGGAAUGAAAAAAAUCACCUUUUGAAAUUUCGAAGACUUUUUCAACAGUAUGUUGUCGUCAUGUACGUAUGUUGA